AUGCUUCUCCCCAAAGGCGGCGUGACCUGGAAGUCCGCCAAAGCAAGACUACCGCCAUGGAGAGCCAUAUUAAUGUUUUUGACUCGGACCCGAUUCCUGGUCGCCGUCGCCCUCACCGGCCUGAUUGUGUUAUUGUGGAGAGGGAUUUCUGUAUCAACACGAGAGAUGUCAAAUUUUUAUUGCUUUGGACCCUCAAAACCACCGACCCAGAUGUCGAUUAAUGAAAUGGUGGCCUGGAACCAACACCUACAAACCCCGGUGUUAUUCAAUCACCACGAGCCGCUCGAGGUCAACGUGAGCACCAUUCAACGGGUCGACUUGAACCCGAUCGUCUCGACCCCAAGAGCGGUCAGCAACCAAGAACGAGUCCUCAUUCUCACGCCUUUGCGGGACGCCGCCCCGUAUCUGAUCAAAUACUUCGAUCUCCUUACCGAGCUUACCUAUCCUCACGACCUGAUUGACCUUGCCUUCCUUGUUGGCGAUUCCACCGAUGAUACCCUGGCAGUACUGUCGUCCGAGCUGAGCCGAAUUCAGUCGAGAACCGACAAGAUCCCCUUCCACAGUGCCACAAUCGUCGAGAAAGACUUUGGCACUACUCUGAACAUGGACGUUGAGUCCAGACACGGAUUUGCUGCACAAGGACCCAGGAGGAAGGCGAUGGGAAGAGCAAGGAAUUAUCUUCUUUCGUCGGCACUGAAGCCCGAACAUGCAUGGGUGUACUGGCGCGACGUGGACAUUGUGGACAGUCCGAAGAAGAUCAUUGAGGAUUUUGUCGCUCACGACCGAGACGUUUUGGUGCCGAAUAUCUGGUUCCACCGUUAUGAGAACGGUCGCGACAUCGAGGGCCGUUUCGACUACAACUCUUGGAUCGAGUCCGAUAAAGGUCGACGCCUCUCGUCCAGUCUGGAUAAGGACGUCGUCCUUGCCGAAGGAUACAAGGAAUAUGACACUGGCCGGACGUACAUGGCUCGCAUGGGUGACUGGAGAAACAACAAGGAUGAAGAGAUAGAAUUAGAUGGUAUUGGCGGUGUGAAUAUCCUAGUCAAGGCCGAUGUGCACAGAUCUGGCAUCAACUUUCCCUGCUAUCCCUUCGAAAAUCAGGCCGAGACAGAAGGCUUUGCGAAGAUGGCAAAGAGAGCAGGGUAUCAAGUUGUGGGCUUGCCCAACUAUGUUGUUUGGCACAUUGAUACGCAAGAAAAGCCAGGCAAUGCCGCAUAA